AUGGCUGCGAAGGGCGCACACGGCGCCCACCUGAAGGCGGAGGGCGAGCUGGAGCGCUGCCGCGCCGAGGGCCGCUGGGGCCGCCUGCCCGAGCUCGCCCGGCAGCUGCGUGCGCCCAGCGGGGGGCGUAGAGCCGGCCCGGACCCCGGGCCCGCCGUACCGGACGCCGAUGACUUUGGGAAGUUGCUGCUGGCUGAGGCCCUCCUGGAACAGUGUUUGAAGGAGAACCAAGGCAAAAUAAAAGACUCCAUCCCCCUGCUGGAGAAGAAUGAGAGCAGGAUGAUUGAAGCCAAGAAUUAUCUGAGCAGUGUCCUUAAUCACGGGCGACUGUCGCCACAGUACAUGUGUGAGGCCAUGCUGAUCCUGGGCAAGCUGCAUUACGUGGAGGGCUCCUACCGAGAUGCCAUCAGCAUGUACGCGCGGGCUGGGAUUGAUGACCUGUCUGUGGAGAACAAGCCUCUGUAUCAGAUGCGGCUGCUGUCAGAGGCACUAGUCAUCAAAGGUCUUUCCCUGGAACGCCUGCCCAACUCCAUUGCCUCCCGCUGCCGCCUGACUGAGCGGGAGGAGGAAGUGGUAGCCUGUUUUGAGAGGGCCUCCUGGUUGGCUCAGGUGUUCCUGCAGGAGCUGGAGAAGACCACAAACAACAGCACCUCCAGGCACCUGAAGGGCUCCCAUCAGGCUGACUACGAGCUCACCUACUUCCUAGAAGCCGCCCUCCAGAGCGCCUACGUGAAAAACCUGAAGAAGGGAAACAUUGUGAAGGCCAUGAGGGAGCUCCGUGAAGUUCUGCGGACUGUGGAGACCAAAGCGACGCAGAAUUUCAAAGUGAUGGCUGCCAAGCACCUGGCGGGAGUCCUGCUGCACUCGCUGAGUGAGGAAUGCUACUGGAGCCCCCUGUCCCACCCUCUGCCCGAGUUCAUGAGCAAGGAGGACAGCGCCUUCGUCACGCGGGCCCUGCGCAAGCCUCACCUCUAUGAAGGGGACAACCUCUAUUGCCCAAAGGAUAACAUCGAGGAGGCCCUCCUGCUACUGCUCAUCAGUGAGUCCAUGGCAACUCGGGACGUGGUGCUGAGCCGCUCGCCGGAGCAGAAGGAAGACCGAAGUGAGAGCUUGCGGAAUGCUGCUGCCAUCUAUGACCUCCUGAGCAUCACGCUGGGCAGAAGGGGCCAGUAUGUCAUGCUCUCCGAGUGCCUGGAACGAGCCAUGAAGUUUGCAUUCGGAGAAUUUCACCUUUGGUACCAAGUGGCCCUCUCGAUGGUGGCUUGUGGGAAGUCAGCCUACGCUGUGUCGCUGCUACGGGAAUGCAUGAAGCUACGCCCCUCGGACCCCACUGUGCCCCUGAUGGCUGCCAAGGUCUGCAUCGGGUCCCUGCACUGGUUGGAGGAGGCGGAACACUUUGCCAUGAUGGUGAUUGGCCUCGGUGAGGAAGCUGGGGAAUUCCUCCCCAAGGGCUACCUGGCCCUGGGUCUCACCUGUAGCCUGAAGGCCACUGACGCCACCCUGAAGUCUAAGCAAGAUGAAUUACAUCGGAAGGCGCUGCAGUCACUAGAGAGAGCCCGGGAACUGGCACCUGAUGACCCCCAGGUCAUCCUCUAUGUCUCCCUGCAGCUGGCCCUUGUCCGACAGAUCUCAAGUGCCAUGAAGCAGCUGCAGGAGGCCCUGACAGUGUGCAAGGAUGAUGCCAAUGCCCUCCAUCUGCUGGCCCUGCUCUUCUCCGCCCAGAAGCACUACCAGCAUGCCCUAGAUGUCAUCAACAUGGCCAUCACUGAGUACCCUGAGAACUUCAACCUCAUGUUCACCAAGGUGAAGCUGCAGCAGGUGCUGAAAGGCCCAGAGGAAGCCCUUGUGACCUGCAGACAAAUGCUACGGCUGUGGCAGACUCUGUACACUUUCUCCCAGCUUGGAGGCCUGGAAAAAGAUAGCAGCUUGGGCGAGGGGCUCACUAUGAAGAAACAGAGUGGCAUGCACCUGACCCUGCCUGAUGCCCAUGAUGCUGACUCUGGCUCUCACCGGGCAUCGUCCAUCGCAGCUUCACGACUAGAGGAGGCCAUGUCAGAGCUGACCAUGCCCACAUCGGUCCUAAAGCAGGGCCCCAUGCAGCUGUGGACCACACUGGAACAGAUCUGGCUCCAGGCUGCUGAGCUGUUCAUGGAGCAGAGACACCUGAAGGAGGCAGGCUUCUGCAUCCAAGAGGCAGCCGGCCUCUUCCCUACCUCUCACUCGGUGCUCUACAUGCGGGGCCGGCUGGCUGAAGUGAAGGGCAGCCUGGAGGAGGCCAGGCAGCUGUACCAGGAGGCACUCACGGUGAACCCAGACAGCACACGCAUCAUGCACAGCUUGGGUCUGAUGCUGAGUCAGCUGGGCCACAAGAGCCUGUCUCAGAAGGUGCUGCGGGAUGCCGUGGAGAGGCAAAGCACAUGCCACGAGGCCUGGCAGGGCCUUGGCCAGGUGCUGCAGGCGCAGGGCCAGACAGAGGCUGCCGUUGACUGUUACCUCACCGCCCUGGAGUUGGAGGCCAGCAGCCCCGUGCUGCCCUUCUCCAUCAUCCCCAGAGAGCUCUGAGCCCACUGCAGCAGCAGGAUGAGGACAGUGGCAUCCAGAUGUGAGCCUCAGGAAAACAACAAUAGUAAACACUUCUGCGAGCUGUAUCCCUAGUUCUCCCCGCUCCCUCCAGGGUCUCCCAGCCUGUGCCUGCGCCUGCUCCUCUUGAGCUGUGUGGACAAGAUUUGCAUCCAAAGCAAAUCCCUUGCUCCCUGGGACUUAGACACUGGUGUUUGUGGGCAAGGGUGAUGGGAAGCUAAAGGUGCACUGAGGGUCUGUGUGUCUCGGGUACUUGGCCCCAAGCCCUGCCCUCAACAUCCCUGAUACCUGGAUUUCCUGGCUUUGGCCAGGUUCUAGUCCAGAGCCUCUGCCCCACAAGAGAUGAAUCCCACAGGCUGCCCUUGACCUGGUCAAGCUUUUCCCUCCUUCCUUCCCAGGACCUUAGGAGACAAACUAGCAUGGACCCUCAGUGACUUUGCAUUUGUGACUGGGUGUGUGCUGGGGGUGGGGGGCAGCUGGGCUCCCCCAGCACCCUGCCUUGGGCUCUUGGGACCCCAUUCCCAAGUCUUGCUUCCCAGAUCACCCCUAGGCCUUGCCCAGGGCCCUCACAGCCUGAGAUUGCUGGCUCUCCAAAGACAAUGGGGUCUCCAGGUUCUUGUCAGACUCCAGUGAUGUUCACCAUUGCCCCUUUGUCUGGAGGCCAUUGGGGCCCUGUGUGCUCUUCCAGUCUGCCACCAAGUGCCUUUGGGCCUCUGAUGUCUAGCCAGGGGCUCGAAACACUGGCCUUAGCACUCUUCCAUUUCCACCUACCUGAUCUACCUGCAGAGGACCCCAGCACCACUGGUCUUCAUAGGCCCUAGGCUGGUGGCCCCUAAUCAGGGCUCACGAUAGAGAAACAGCUCUGGAUGCAGCUGUUUCUAACUCCUUGUGUCAUUUCUUUCCUUCUAGUCUUUUCCUAAAGGCAGGUCCCUCUGGAGCUAAUAACGUGGAAGGGGCAGUCCACAGUUCUACCCCAAAGCAUCACCCACACCCAAAAUCUUGGGAUUUUUGGAUGACCUAUGCCCAGUGCUGGCCAUUUGGGGCUCCCAUGAGCUGUGACUGGAAACCACCAACCCAGCUCCCUCUCCAUGCUUGGGGUCCACAAAUGUCACACUUGGAACUCUGACCCAGGAAGUCAGUCCUCAGGGCCUGGCAGGAAGUUCCCCUCUGACCUGUGCUUGGUCCAGGGGUACAGAUCUCACUUUAAGGUGGGAGAAGGCCAGCUUCCUCGGAGGGAGAGGCCCACGGGAAGCCCGCCUCAGGCUGCACUGGCCCUGCAGGUCACACGGUUUCUCCACCAAGAGCUGGCCAAGGAGCAGCACAAGGAUUCUCAGUCCUUUGCUUCUUGGGUGAAGGAUCUCUUGUCAGUGUAUGUGGAUAUAUAAAUAUAGAUAUAAAUAUAUAUAGAGAGAGAGAGAGAUAUAUAUUUGAUAGAGAUCUAUUUUUUUUGAAAUUCUCUUAGGAAAAAAAGAAUAUGCAAAUGCUGUUGAUAUACCUUGGGGUGCCCAGAACUGUUGGGAAUCAGUUCUUGGUAGCAGGAAGGCACCAAAUGUGUUCCAGCUUUUCCCAUUCCCUCUUUGGAGCCACAGAGGGCUGGGCCAGUUGCUGACCAUGAUCUUCAGACUGAAUAAAGAGACCCUGGAAGGGGAAACAGGACUCAGGA